CCAGCAGUACCACCACCAGCAGCAACCUUCCCUGCUCUAGGAAGCGGGCAGCCCGUGACGCUUUCCUGCUUCAUUGCCUAAUGCGAUUUCCGUUCUCCAGCAGCUCAGCGGCAAGAGAAGCAGACUGAAACACCCCACCCCUCCCCACAGAUUUUCUGCAAGGCUCUAGCGCUGGGAGGGUGCACAGAUGUUCGCCAUGUGUCAACCAGAGAUACCCAUUAACCCGCUGUUCAAUGAGGCAAAGGGAAACUCUCAACUGGACACUGCUUACCUCGGUGGAAGGGACUGUCGGCCAGAUACAAACCUCAAUUUCAUGGGCAAGGAGGUCUAUGACACCAAUGAGAACUGGAGCCAGUGCUCACCAGGGGAAUCAGAGCAGCGAGGCGGGAAGAAUGAACCUGAGGCAUCUGAUAACCAAAUAGUGCUUAUGCAGAGGCAAAUUGCAAUGAGCCAACCACAGGAUGUCCCCCAGGGCUUGAAGUCUGGUGGCAUGUCCUUUGCCUCUGAAGAAGAGGAGGAGGAGGAGGAGGAGGAGGAGGAAGAUGAUGAGGAAGACAUCCGCAGACCUCCAGAAGGAGCAGAAGUCAAUGACCCAGAGCACGAGAAGGCCACCACCAAGGAGAGGAUAAAAGAAAGGAAGCUGGCCAGCUCCCCUUUAGAAGACAAUGGUUAUGCCAGCAGUUCCCUAAGCAUUGAUAGUCCCGACAGCGGGGCAGCCAGUGCUUGGGACAUGCUUGCUGUUGCCACUGAAGACUGGAAGGGUCAUGAAGAACCAUGUUCUGCUGCUGAAGCUGAGCCAGAGAACUCUCCUCCUAGUUCAGAGACACUCUUCCCAGCACUGGCCGAGGCUUUCCGCAAUCUUCAGGACAAGAAGAAGUUCAAGGAGCAGGAGAAAGAGAAGCACCAUGUCCACUUGGUGAUGUAUCGUCGCCUGGCUUUGCUCCGCUGGAUCCGCAGCCUCCAGCAGAAGGUGGUUGACCAGCAAAACCGGCUGCAGGAGAGCUUUGACACCAUUUUGGACAACCGCAAGGAACUCAUUCGAUGUGUCCAGCAAGGCAUGGGCUAUGCCAAGAACCCAGCUCAGGCAGAGUUGUAAAGGACAUGACACACAUUCGCACUUUUCUCUUUCUGUGGGCCCUCCAGUCCUUACCUUGGUCACACAAGUGAGGUGCCUACAGAUUUCCAUAUUUGCAUGGGUGGGAGACUUGUACUUUUUAAAAUGUUUGAUGUUCCUCCUGUGGUAUACCAGAGCAUCAGUAGCCCAUUGAGCAUGGGCACCUUGAGCCCAGCACAUGGCCCAUAUUAUGUACAAGUAGAUGCAACUUUUCAAGCUUGUUUCACUCUUCAUUUUGGUGCAUGGCUUCUCUUGGUGAAAUGCAAACACAGUGCAUAACAAAAUGGAAUACAGAGAAUAUGAUCCUAUGAUAAGGUCCCAAGAACAUGAAUAAAAGCUGGGAAGGACAUUGGUAUAUAUGCCUUGAAGCCUGAUGUCCAGGACCAGGAGAAAGGAGCUUGAAAGGGGUCAAUUCCCAUUGGCCUUUAUGCCCUGUGUCUCUGGUUGGAGAAAGGAACUUCAAUCAGGCUCAAACCAUGAUACAAACAGUUUGGAGCAGAAUCCUCAUGAUCCUGAAUAUCAGGUGAUGCAAGACAGCCAAUCCUGAUACUUUGCCUGCUGCAGCUUCUAGAUCUGUUGCAUUCCCUGAGUCUGAGCUACUGCCUGCCUUCUACACCGUCUCCUGGUCAUUUCCCUGUCAUACAAUCAUAGAAUUCUAGAGUUUCAUUUAGUCUAACCCCCGGCAGUGCAGGCUAAAGAAUCACUGACAGAUGGCCAUCCAACUUCUGUUUAAAAACCUCCAGUGAAGGACAGUCCACCACCAUCUGAAGCAGUCCGUUCCACUGUUGAACAGCUCUUACUGUCAGGAAGUUCUUCCUAAUGUUUAGUUGAAACCUCCUUUCUUGUAAUUUGAACCUCUGGAGCAGCAAAAACAAGCUUGCUCCAGCUUCUUUUUGUGCUUGUCAACUGCAGAAACAGUGGUGUUGGCUCUGUUUCCUAUCCAGGUCCAAGCUAUCUGUUCUAUUCCAUUUCCUAUUCUGCUUCCAGGUACCUCCAGCAUAUUCAUGCACUGCUGAGCACUAAAAACAAGGUUCCCGGAAUGGGGGGGAAAAGAGAAAGCAUGGAAAGAUUUAGAAUGAUCAGAAAAUGUGACUACAGUAGUUCUCAUGAUUAUUUUUCUGCUUUUUAUUUUUUAUAUAACCAUUGUUGAUUCUGUCCCUGCUGCUGCCCCAGUUAGUGUGGGUUGACUUUGCAUGCACAGGAUAUUGCUUUUGUUCAUAGAUUAGUAUGUGUCACCCCAAAAAACUCACAUGCAAACUAGCCCAAAGUUGUUAAGUUUUCCGAUUCUGCGCCAAUCCUUGAGGACGUGCUGAACCAUUUCACAAGUCUGAAUCUACAGGUUCAAAUGCAUAAUUGCAUUGUCUGUAAAAACUGCACCUUUUAUGGAUUUUGAUCCUAUAAGACAACAUUCUUGUGACAGAAUAUUGGUUUUCUGCUUGCAAGAUGUCUUAUUUAAGUUUUUAAAGCAUUUAUAUAUUGCAUUUCCUCUAGUGGAAAUAAGAGCUAAAAUACAACCCUGGUGGUCUAGGCUUUUAGGGCUAUUGCUCUAAAUGUUUUCUCUAAAUAAAUUAAACCAAAUCAAUAUUUUUGCUUUGCACCAAAAGGAAAGUUGUUCUGAAGAAAUAUUCUGGACUAAUGUCCAGAAGUUCAUUAUUUGUUAUGAUUGUUGCUAUGUUUUGGGAAGGUGUCAGUCCAGUUGCACAACUGCAAAAGCACGCAGUGUUGGAUCUUGUCUUAUGAAAACUGGGAGUGUGCAGCCAGCUGGAGCGUGUCCAAAGCAAGGUUCCUGCCCAUCCUGCUUGUGUCUUAAGCCAAAUGGUUUUUAAUAAAACAGGUUGAAUACGUCUAGCCUGCUAGAAGAAUGGACAAGACACUGUCUCUCCACUUGAAAUCUUUUGUAAUGUUUGCAGACCUACCAGUCCCAUCUGGUCCAAAUGGUGUCAAGUGCAGUACAGUGAUCUGGCAAGGAGGGAAGUUGCUUCUUCCUGGCUGUCUUUCCAAGUAUUAUAACUUUUUUGGUCUUGAGUAUUUUCACUGCUGCUGUCCAGCUUAUUUUUGUAAAGGUGGAACAGCUGUCACCUAGUCAAAUAUUGCCAGUAGACCAACCGGUCACAAACUCUCAAACAUUUCGAGGUGCUAAAUAUUUGCACUGGCAAAAGAGUUAGCUCUAGUGCAAUGGGAUUUCCCCCUUUUUCCUCUGCAUGCAUGCCACCCCCAAUUCUGCUCUGAAGGGUUGGGGGGAGGAAACCAGUGGUGCUGCAGGGAGGAGACGGGGAGAAAAUUAUGUUUCACAAGGAGAAAUCCCGCUGAAACAUUGUCCUUGUCACUACGUUGAAUAUAACACUUCAUGUUUAAGUGCUAAAAAUGGGCUCACCUGCAUGGACUCUCUUGAGAGUCUUGGUCCUUUCACAGCCCUCCCUGUCUGGCUUCUGCUGCUGGACCAUAUGCUGUUACCUGUGGCCCUCCAGAUGUUGUGUCUAGUGGAUAGGAUAACAGGAAUCCAUGGGAGAGGUUUCCUCUCCCAUUACUGUAACUACUUGGGCAUCAGUUGGGCAUCAUAUUGAACUUGAGAACUGCCCAAGGGUUUUGUUUUGUUGCUGCUGUUUCUUAGACUGAUGAAAAUCCAACCUUAACAUGAAAGCAUCUCCCAUAAUUGAACCUGUGAGUCUUUGGACCAAGUCCAUAGGGUUGUAUCCAAUAUUAGCCAUACUUGGUGGAGACCUAGUUGAAUGAAUGGGCAUGACAAACUUAGGUCCAUUAAUUUCAAUAGGUCUAUUCUGAAUAGAACUUAGUUGGAUACAAUUCAUAGUCUUUAAGAUGCAUCCGUGUUUAAAGCUGCUACCCCACUGACCUUUGUUUAAAUUAUAUUCCAAUUUUACUUGUUACAUGCAGAGUAUUUUUUUUGAAUGUCAUGUGUUUACUUUUAGACUUUAAAAAAAUGCAGAUAGCUCUAUUUAUAGUAUAUAUAUCUAUAUAUUUUAAACAACUGGUGCCAUAUCAAGAAACUCAAAUCCUUCUUAAUUGGGGUUGAGUUGAGGUGAGAAUGAGUCUCAGCUCUGAUGUUUUAUCAGGCCGAAGAGAAUGAAGAUUAUGCGUCCAACAUCAAAGACAAGAGAGAUUUUGAUGUGAAUUGUAUGUUAUUGUUGUAUAUUUUUUUACAGAAUGAAUUUAUUGCAUAGUAUAACAUAUUUAUAUCAGGAGGCUGGAUUAGUGGCAUGAAUUAGCAUUACUACCUGGUAGUAUUUGUUGUUAUUUGCAAUCAGUAAUGCAAAUUAGGAACAAUACUGCACAUGUCACCAAAAGAUGAAAAGAAAAUUCAGUUCUAAUUAUGGGCAAAAUAGUAUUAUUAUUUAUUUUUAAACCACCCUUUUACUUAUAGGAUCCCAGGGUGGUUUACAAAACAGAUAAAAUACAACAUCACAGAACAAUAUUUAAAUAGCUAAAAACCUUCUUACCAAAACUCAAAAAUGACAAUGUGAUGCAUUCCAUACUGCAAGUGUUUGUUCUGAGCAAAAUAAUCCACAAGACCAUAAAGUGAGAACUUGCUGUUCAUUCCCUGGGGAAGGCAUUUGAAUGUAGAGCUCUAGGACAUGCUCAUAUAUGGCAUAUUGUGGUGGCUGGAGCACCAAAAAGUUUGCCUUUAAUGCUAGAAGCUGCUGGGAGCAGAAGCUGCAUUUUUAAAAUGGUAUUUCUGCACUGAUUAGGAUCACUUUGUUGUGGGUGAUGGAAGAUUCUAUAGCUAUAUGACUGCUUUAAAUUGAUUUAAUAGUCAUUCUCCUUUCCCAGUUUUUAGGGUAUGGUGGGAGGGGUCACAUACAGAUCUCUGGGAGCCCUACCAAACUAUAAUUCCCAGUGUCCAUUCCUGGAUGCCGCUAAACGGGUAAAAGCUUGCUAUGUUUGUGGUAUAGUACAGGCUAUUAUGUAUAAAUGGGUGGUUUUUGUAUGUGCAAUAUGUAAGCAUGUGUAUUGCUUGUGUGCUAUUUUUCAUUUAAAAUAAAAAGUCCACAUGCCUGCUCUAUGGUUGUAGGAUGUUGCUUAUUCUAUAAAUGGAAAACAGGAAAGUGUGAUACUUUUGUAGGAACAUGCCUGCUGUACAGAGGUAAAAUUCACAUUUGCUGCUCAGCCAACUUUUGCCUCUGGGCCCACCCACCAAGGGCAUGUGGCCCUUAGAAGGUUUUCCAGAAAGGAAUGUGGCUCUUGGGCUGAAAAUGUUUCCCCAUGCUUGAUCUGUGUGAUCUCCUUUAGUGCCAGGAUGUAUCCUAAAGCAACAUGAAACUAGUCCAGCAAUGCAAAUUCAAGGGAGACUUAGUUUUUCUUGAAACAUAACUGCAGCUAGUUUCGCCCUGGGCCUCAUGGCAAGCUGAUUUUGAAACUGCAGAGUUUCUCAAGCAGUUUGUUAUUGGGCAGAGAUGGGGGAAUCCCUUAUUUCAGGGGUGGGUAGCCUGUGGCCCUCCAGAUGCUGAUGAUGGACUCCAUCUCCUACCAUCAACCACAUCCAGCCUGGCCAAUAGUCAGGGUGAUGGAAAUUGCAGUUCAGGAACAUCUGGGGAGCCACAGGAUCCCAAUCUACAAGCUAUUCAAAGGAAUAGUCAAAAGACAAUGAGUUCUCCCAGUUCCAUACAGAAUGGGAACAGUUAGAAGACACCUUUAGGCAGAGUGCAAUGACCAUCUCAGGCAGCCAUCCUGGGGUGCAGAAAGCAGUCACCCUCAACAGUCCCUCUUAAGUCUUUUCUGGCCAUUCUGCUAAAUUGUCACAUGGCACAUGUAUGCCCAUUACAAUGUUGGGGUUAAACCACAAGGAGGCAUGGCCAAAUGUAGUAGAAAGGGAUGGAAAACAGGGCUCCAAGAUUUGUAGUACUUGUAUGAGAUUUUGUUUUUCACUGACACCACUGAAUGCAGGAUUGGGGGUGGGGAGGUAAAGAUACUGAUAGAAAUCACUCUGAAAACAGGCGACAUUUAUGCACAGAGCGUCGGGAACAAAUUCUUCCCUGGCUUCCAGAGAACCGUGAGAAACCUUGUUCUCUCUUUAAAUGAAACUCUACCCAAUGCCAAAUAUAGAUUGUGUGUUUGUUGGCUUUUAGCAUCCUUGAAUUUCAGCAGACUGAAAAAGAGGAGGAAGAGAUGGGAAAACAAGGUGAAGAAAGGUUCAAAUGAGUGUUUGAAUAGUCUAUUUAAUCUCCACAAAGCCUUGGGCAGAGUCACCUUUAAGUCACGGCUCAGGUGUUUAUAGCCCCCUUUAGUAAGCUACCCAUCUCUCCUUGUUAACUGACAGCCCUGAGGCAGUUUGGGAGAAUUUAAUCACUUGAGUGCUGCAUACCUCUCUCAGGCCUGGAUUUACAGAAACCAUCCGGGUUUCUGAUUUGAUCCCGGAAUGUCCCACUUUUCCUUAGGAUGUCCCUAUUUACAUUGGAGAAAUGUUGGAAGGGAUGGAAUAGGACAUCCCUAUUUUCAUCAGAGAAAUGUUGGUCCAUUGUUUGUUACCCUGUUCUUGUAUUGUUAUAGUUUAUCGUCAGGCAGGUUUUAUUGGAGAUUGCAAGCUGCUCUGUGAGGGAAGUUCUUCAAAAAGUGAGGGUGUACACUUUAAAAUAAUAAAACAAAACAGAAUAUGCUUAGCCGUCCAAAAAAAUAUCGAGAUUUUGAAGGUACCGUAAGUUACAGGAAAAUGCACAGGAAAGUAUGGAAUAAUGCUUGCUUGUAUAACCUCCCUGCAAACAUAUCAAGAAGAAUGCUCAAUAAACAGGUCAUCUGGAAGUGACCAGGGUAAGAAUGGCUAUUCCUCAGGAAAUUCUUUUAUUUUUUUAGCCAUGAGGUAAGUAAGCCUGUACAGCCAAAACAUAGACCAUAAAAAAUUAAUGAAUUGAGCUAUUUCUCAGACAAGGAAAGAGGCCUAUAGCAAGAGGCCAGCCGUGGAGUUGUUUCACUUGAAUCACUAAUAGAGAAUUUUGCAAGCCAAAUCAGUUGGGAUGUGUCAUCCUCGCUCUUGUCUUUGCUGCCACAAAAUGGCCUAGGGUGCUUUUCUGUGUCAUGGUGGCUAUAUUUAGGUUCCCUGAGACAGGCUGUGGAGCAAAAGAUAAAUUUACAGUGCAACCCUGUACAUGUCUACCCAGAACUAAGGCCCAUAAUGUUCAGUGGGGCUUGCUCCCAGGUAUAUGGGUGUAGGAUUUCAGGCUAUACCUGGUAUUUUAGAAGCUCUCUAAAAGGCUUGGUGCUUUUAUUUUGAUGCAGCCUGCAGAGCUGCAACCAGGGCCUUGUGCAGCAUUCAUGAGGCAUUGAGGGGAUGCUCCUCAGAGAGGAAGGCAGACAUUUUGUGAGGAGUUGGGAGCAUUCUCUUCAGAGACUGAGGCAGCCAUUUUACGAGGUUUUGAGGGGGGUGUUCUUCAGAGGGGGACGCAGACAUCUUGUCUGACCUAGGGCCACCCAUAUUUACAUAUGCACAAGCCCAAUAACUCUUUGCAAGUUUAUUCUGGAGGGUACAUCUUACUUUUGUGUGAGUCAUAAAUUUCUAAUGUGCAGGAAUAUGCCUCCCUCCCAUUUCAGUCCACAAGGAGUACCAAGUUGAGUCAGUUUUGGGAGGAUAUUCCUUUGCCCUGUUUUCUAGAGAGGACAUAAUCUUUCUACAGUGGCACCCUGAGAAAGGACACAAAGCACCCUAUUCUGUUCAUAUCCUCAUACCAACAAUUGAAGGGUAGGGGCAUCUACCUGUGUCGUCAUGGGUGGGUGAAUGAAGAUUGCUCAGCUUCCUCCAUUCCUACCACUGACAGAAACUUCAGGAGCCGACCCUUUUGAAAGUGUGUGCUGAAUGGAUUAUAGAACUUGUAGGGGAUCUACAUAUCUAUUCCCCCAAGAAAAGAUGAAACACAAGAGCGAAAAGGGGGCACAAUUUUGCAUAUUUGCACAAGCUGAUUUAUAUGUAGAGGUACAGAUUUAGAAAUUUCUGUAAUUUAAGCAGAAAUAUAAUCCCUCUCACCCUA